GACGCGGCAGGUAGGCGGGUCCUUCCGCUCCCGGAUCUCCCCUCAGGCCCCGGGGCUCCCUCGGGCCCCUUCCCUCAGGUCUUGGGGCUCCCCUCAGGCCCUGGGGUUCCCCGCGGCCCCAUCUCCUCUCAGUACCCGGAUCACCCCCCGGUGCGUCGGCGCAGGGCGGCUGCACUGCCACUGAGAGUGGCGAUCACUGGCUCCCGAAGGGCUCCGGGAACUGCCGGCCCAUCCCUUGGCCUCACUGGACACACAGAGUUGGGUGUUGGGUCUCUCUAAGCGCAGAGACCAUGAAGAUUAAUCAGAACACGGUGCUGCAAGGACAGAGGGUGACCCUGGUGCCGUACACAUCUGCACAUGUGCCCCGGUACCACGAGUGGAUGCGGUCGGAGGAGCUGCAGCGCCUGACGGCCUCGGAACCGCUCAGCUUGGAGCAGGAGUACGAGAUGCAGCGCAGCUGGCGGGACGACGCGGACAAGUGCACCUUCAUCGUGCUGGACACGGCACGGUGGGCCGGGCAGGAGCGUGCAGACGAGGACUGCAUGGUGGGGGACGUCAACCUCUUCCUCACUGAUGCUGAGGAUCCCACCUUGGGCGAGAUCGAAAUUAUGAUUGCAGAGCCCAGCUACCGCGGCAGAGGGUUUGGCAAGGAGGCAACGCUGAUGAUGAUGUCCUACGGAGUGAGAAACCUGGGGAUCACCAAAUUUGAAGCUAAGAUUGGUCAGGAAAAUGAAACCAGUAUCUGCAUGUUCAAAAAGCUUCAUUUUAAGGAGGUUGGUGUGAACAGUGUUUUCCAAGAGGUGACGCUGAGACUGGAUGUCGGUGACCAGGAGAGGCAGUGGCUCCUGGAGCAGACAAACCACGUGGAGGAGAAGAGCUACGUGGAACCAAAGCUGCCAGCUGGGACACUGGAGACCUGACAGCGCAGCCAGACACAGGCCUGGCCCCCAGGGAGGAGCUGGACACCGCCACGAGGUCUGGGUGUGGGGGACACGAGUGAGCCAAGGCUGCACUUGACUGUUUGGUCCUUCUCCUUCAGUUACUUUGUCAUCUUGUCAACUUUGCACCUUGUUGCACCAGCCAGGAAUUACUGCCUGAAAUUUGGACCUGGAGAAGAGCCACAAAUUCACAGGCUUGACGAGGAGUGACUAGAACCUUCACGUGCUGUUCCAGCAGAGCCUGAAAUUGCCAGCAGUUAAUUGAUUCCUGGUGCCACCAGUUUCUGGACAGGCAGCACCCACUGUUGUUUCUUCCACUGCCCGUUGAGCAGGAUUCAUCUGUUUGACAGAGAGAGUCUCAGUGCAGCAGUAGCUUAGUCUGUUUUCUCUUGAAUAAAAAAAAGAAAAUGACACAAAUCGGAGGUUUCCCUGAAGCUGUCUGGGAGCAGCGGGGCUUGGCUGCUUGUUUUGCCUGCUGAAAGGGUGGUUGGAAGUUGUGAAGGACAGCAGAGACUCUUCAAACCCUAUUUUUUGGGGGGUGGUGGGUUGCAGGGGGGCACUACUGGGCCCUGAAAGCGAGAGGUCCAGAGGUGGGCGAUCACAACCAAAGGGCAAAUUAACAGAAGGAAGAUUACUGAUAUCAGCUGACUGAGGCCGGAGCAGAGCCUUGUCACCUUGAUGGCAUAAUGGGGAGCACUAGCAGCUGCAGAGACAAAACCUUGCUGAGUUUUGGGGAAAGCUUUGGACCUGGAAGCCUCAGGCCAUCGGUGGAGGGAUGUUGCGCUUCAUUUUCCCAGGAUGAGAGCCAGGAGGAGGAGAACACACCUGAAAGAAACACAAUAGCCAUCCCCCUUCUUCAGGGAGCUCAGGACUUGCUCUGCUGAGCCCAGUGGCUCCGUUCACUGCUCUCCAGUAAGAUAAAUGGGGGAAAAACCUCUCUUAUUGGGGGCGGAUAUAUUUAGGGCAGGAGUUGGCCAGCCGGCCUCUGUGGUGAUGUAUUUGAGAUCAGUUGCUGGGGAAGAGGCACUUGCCUGACUCCCGGUGGACAGACCUCUCAGUGCAGUUAUUGAGACAGACCUUUCCUGCUCUGCACAGCAGGGAAGCUUGCUGAGAGCAGGGGACAGAAGGUAAAGAGGAUAACUGACGCUCCUGUGUGUUUUGCCUCUGCAAUAGCAGCCAUAGUGGCUAAUUCUAGACCAGAAAUUAUUUGUUCCAAUUACAAAGGAUCAGGUAAUAGCUUUUAGACUUGCCCAGAGAUGUUUUUAUUGGAGACUGUGGAAUUUUUAGUGUUGCUGUGCCUGUAUUUUUAGGGCCUGGGGGUUUUAGUUUUCCAAUUUUAGUUAAUUUAAUUACAUCGUUCCUGCGGCUAAUAUUAAAACCAAGCGUGGGAAGAACGUAUCGCGGUAUUUUAAACAACUGUUUAGUGUGGAAAUAGUUGUAGCAAGAGCUUUGUGCAGUAAUAAAGUGAAGAGUGGCUCUGCUUCCA